AUGGACACUGCCGCCAUCAGGGGCUUGCUCGCUGCGAGUCUGCUUCCCGAUGCGGACAACCGACGCCGUGCUGAGCUUCAACUCAAGCAGGUGGAAGAAGAGGUUGGCUUCCUCGUCUGCCUUCUCGACAUUCUCGAGGCUGAACAAGAUGCCAGUGUUCGCUUAGCCACAAUCAUCUAUCUCAAGAACCGCGUCAAUCGAUCAUGGUACACCACCGAACCCGUCGCCGCCGGCAAAUUGAUACCCGACGAGGAAAAGAGCCGCAUUCGAGACCGCCUCGUCCCCCUGCUCGCCAACUCCGACCCCCUCGUCCGCCAGCAGCUCAUCCCCGUCAUCCAACGCGUCCUCCAGGCCGAUUUCCCCAGUCGAUGGCCCAAUUUCAUGGGCUUCACCUCGGAGCUGCUCAACACCAACAACCCCUCCUCCGUUCUGGCCGGCCUGCAAUGCCUGCUCGCCAUCUGCCGUGCUUUCCGCUUCAAGGCCAGCAACAGCGACGAUAGGCAGCACUUUGACAGCAUUGUCGAGGCCAGUUUCCCCCGUCUGCUGGCCAUCUGCAACGAGCUGGUCAACCAGGAGAGCGACGAGGCCGGUGAGAUGCUUCACCUCGCUCUCAAGACCUACAAGCACGCGACAUGGCUCGAACUCGCCCCCGCUCUUCGUGUUCCCGAAACCAACAUUGCCUGGUGCACCGUCUUUCUCCAGACCGUUGCAAAGGCUGCCCCGGCCAACGCCAUGCGGGACGACCCGACCGAUCGCGAAACCCACCACUGGUGGAAGGCCAAGAAAUGGGCCUACUUCAACCUGAAUCGCCUGUUUAUUAGACAUGGCAACCCCACCGUGCCUGGCAAGGAGGCCGAUGCCAUGGCUUUCGCAAAGAACUUCAUCGCCAACAUUGCGCCCGAGAUUCUCAAGCACUACCUCCACGAGAUCGAGAAAUGGGUCGCCAAGACCUCGUGGCUCAGCCGGCCCUGUCUCUCCUACACCCUUAUUUUCCUCGACGAGGCUGUUGGCCCCAAAGAGAUGUGGCCGCAUCUCAAGCCGCACUUGACCAACCUCGUCACCCACUUCGUCUUCCCCGUGCUUUGCCUGACCGAGGACGAUCUCGAGAAAUUCGAAGACGAACCCGAAGAGUACCUCCACCGCAAGCUCACCUAUUUUGAGGAGGCUUCCGCCCCCGACGUGGCCGCGACCAACUUCCUCGUCAACCUCACCAAGCAACGCCGCAAGGAGACAUUUGAGAUUCUAAAGUUUGUCAACGCCGUCGUCAACGAAUAUGAAGAAGCUACCCCCGAGAACAAGAACCACGUCGCCAAGGAGGGUGCUCUGCGCAUGAUUGGCACUCUGGCCCCUGUCAUUCUCGGCAAGAAGAGCCCCAUCGCCGACCAGAUCGAGUACUUUCUCGUCCGAUACGUCUUCCCCGACUUCAAGAGCCCCCAGGGUUACCUCCGUGCCCGUGCUUGCGACACCAUUGAGAAGUUCGAGCAGCUCGACUUCCAGGACCAGAACAACCUGCUCACCAUCUACCGCCAUAUUCUUGAUGGCAUGGCUGAUGAAGCGCUUCCUGUCCGCAUCACCGCUGCUCUCGCCCUGCAGCCUCUCAUCCGCCACGACGUUAUCCGCCAGCACAUGAAGCAGAGCAUUCCUACGAUCAUGCAGCAGCUACUGAAGCUUGCAAACGAGGCUGAUAUCGACGCGCUCGCCAACGUCAUGGAAGACUUUGUUGAGGUAUUCGCCACCGAACUUACUCCUUUCGCUGUUGCCUUGUGCGAACAGCUCCGCGACACAUAUCUGCGCAUUGUUCGCGAGCUUCUUGAGAAGGAGAGCAAGGCCGGCGAAGACGACGAACUAUACAUUGCGUACGACGACAAGAGCAUUACUGCUCUUGGUGUCCUGCAGACCAUCGGAACCCUGGUCCUCACUCUUGAGAGCACCCCCGAUGUGCUUCUUCACAUUGAAGCUGUCCUCAUGCCUGUCAUCAAGGUCACACUUGAGAACAAGCUCUACGACCUUUAUAACGAAGCAUUCGAAAUCAUCGACAGCUGCACCUUCACUGCCAAGGCCAUCUCUCCUAACAUGUGGCAGGCUUUCGAGCUGAUUCAUACGACUUUCAAGUCUGGCGCCGAGUUCUACCUUGAGGAUAUGUUGCCUGCUCUCGACAACUUUGUUCAGUAUGGUUCCCCCCAAUUGGUCCAGAAGCCGGAAUACAUCCAGGCUCUCUAUGAGAUGGUUUCGGACAUGUUCUCGGACAUUCGUCAGGGUGGAGUCGAGAGAAUAUGCGCCUGCAAGCUGGCUGAGGCUCUUAUGCUUAGUCUGCGUGGAAACAUUGACCAGUAUGUCGAGGGCUUCAUCUCCAUGGCUAUGAAUGUUUUGUCUGCUCAGCCCGACGUCAAGCCCAAGAGCUACAAGAUUUAUCUGGUCGAAAUGGUCAUCAACGCCAUCCAUUAUAACCCUCUUCUGAGUCUUCAAAUUCUGGAGACCAAGGGGUGGACGAAUCGCUUCUUCAGCCUGUGGUUCGGCAGCAUGUCUUCUUUUAGCCGUGUCCACGACAAGAAGCUGUGCAUUGUUGCCAUUUCUGCUCUUCUUAACCUCAACCACGAACAGGUCCCCCCGAGCGUCUCUGUUGGCUGGCCGCGUCUGCUACAGGGUAUUACUGAGCUUUUCCGCACUCUUCCUGCUGCCCUUAAGAACCGGGAAGAGGCCCUCCGUGACGACCCUUACUUCUCCAGCAACUAUACUUACGAUGACGACGAUGACGAGUGGGAUGAUGACGAGUCCAAGUGGGAAGCUGAGGAAGAGGAGCCUGUUGUCGAGGAAGAGACAACCGAAGCCAAGGAGGAGAGCAAUGCCUAUCUCGAAUUUCUACACGGCGAGGCCCAAAAGUUUAGCCGCGCUAUUGAUGAUGAUGAGGAGGACGAGCUGAGAGAAGAUAGCGUUCUCCUAGAAUCACCCCUCGACAAAGUUGAGCCUUACCAGCUCUUCAGUGGUACUCUUCUGAAAAUGCAACAAGAGCAGCCCCAGUUCUACAGCAGCCUGGCUGGUCAACUGUCACCAGAGGAGCAGAAUGUGCUGCAGAGCAUUGUCGCCAAGGCCGAAGCCAUUGCCGCGCAGCAAGCACAGCAGCCACCCAACGGCGGUGCCAACUAG